AUGCGAAGCAAAGACCCCAACACCCAGGUAGGGGCAGUAAUAGUUAACCAAAACAAGGAAAUCAUUGCGACUGGUUAUAAUGGUUUGCCGUGGGGUUGUAAUGAUGAUAAUUACCCGUGGGAAAAUGACCACAAAAACUGGCUAGAAACUAAAUAUCCGUAUGUCGUUCAUGCUGAGGCUAACGCUAUAAUUCACGCUCACCAAAAUUGUCAGGGUUUUUCGCUGUAUACCACUCUUUUCCCUUGCUGCGAAUGUGCUAAAUUGAUUAUUCAGGCAGGAAUAAAACAUAUUUUCUAUUCGAACGAUAAACAUAACCAAAAAGAAGAAGUAAUGGCAGCAAAAAGAAUGUUAAAAGAUGCGGGGAUUGAAUAUGGUCUGGUUGCGGCCCCGAAGAUAGUUUUCGAGAGAUAA